AUGUCUUCUCCCAAGUCCACCAACAAGGUCGCAUCGGGCCACCUGUACAAAUACUCGUUCACCUCGUCCUCUCUCGGCGGCCUCGAGACCAACAUCAACGUCUUUGUCCCCUCGUCGUCGUCGUCGUCGUCGUCGUCGUCCAAGGUGCCUGUGCUCUACUACCUCUCGGGCCUCACCUGCACCGAGGACAAUGCGGCGCAAAAGGGCGGCUUCUUCAACGCCGCCGCCGACGCCGGCGUCGCCAUCGUCUUUCCCGACACCAGCCCGCGCGGCGCAAAGAUUGACGGCGAGGACGACAGCUACGACUUUGGCUCCGGCGCCGGCUUCUACCUCAACGCCACAAAGCAGCCCUGGAGCAAGCACUACAACAUGUACGACUACAUCACAAAGGAGCUGCCCGCCAAGGUCGACCAGCUCGGACUCGGAAUCGACACGUCGCGCGCCUCAAUCUUUGGUCACUCGAUGGGCGGCCACGGCGCCCUGACGCUGUACCUGCGCAACCCGGGCCAGUACCGUUCCUGCUCGGCCUUUUCGCCCAUCUGCAACCCGACCGCCUGCCCCUGGGGCGAAAAGGCCUUCAAGGGCUACCUCCAGAACCCGGCCGACGAGGCGAGCCAGUACGACGCCACGCUCCUCGUCUCGUCGCUCUCGCCCGCCGAGCGGCCCCUCGACAUCCUCAUCGACUCGGGCACCGCAGACGACUUUUACAAGCAGAACCAGCUCCUCCCCGAACACUUCCAAAACGCCGUCCGCGAGCGCGGCUACGACGACCAGAGGGUCCAGGUCCGUCUCCAGGACGGAUACGACCACAGCUACUACUUUAUCUCGACGUUUGCGCCCGAGCAUAUCAAGUGGCACGCCAAGUUCCUCCACAACUGA